AGAUUCCUUUUAUCUAUUUAGAUAAACCAUAGGGUCUCAGUGCUUUCAUAGUUCGAUCGGUAUUAUUGAUGAUAAUAAGACUGUUUGGUGUCGGUGUCAUACGUGAAAUAAUAUUAAAAGAUUAUGCUUCGGGAUCGACAUUCGCAGGAGAAUGUUUUGAUAAGCAUAGUAACACGUAAAUAUCCUUGAUAGUACUGAAUGUCUGGACUUUUUAAAUCGCAAUGGGGAACCUUGAUAGUAUACUUUCUCGCCGAGAACCCGUUCGACUUCUGAUGCAGGGAUUAGAUGCCGCCGGUAAAACCAGCAUACUGUACCAUUACAAACUCGGAGAAGUUGUCACGACCAUCCCUACCAUAGGAUUUAAUGUUGAGACAGUGAAAUUCGGCAAUUCAGAGCUGACAGUGUGGGAUGUAAGCUCCAGGGGCAAAAUACGGCCCCUCUGGGGGCAUUACUACCUAAACACUCAGGCAUUGGUGUUUGUUUUCGAUAGUGUUGACAGGGAGAGAAUUACAGAAGCAAGAGAGUUACUCUACAGUAUCCUUACAGAGGAUGAAUUGAACGGUGUUCCUGUUGCUAUUGCUCUCAAUAAAAGGGAUCUUCCAGACUGCAUGACAAGAGAGGAGAUGGUGGAAAAAUUAGAUUUGAGGAAAAUUCAGGAACAGAGACCCUGUGAAGCUUUUCUGACCACAAUUAAACCCACUGCUGAAGUGGACUCGGAAUUUGAUAAAUUGUUGGAGUGGAUUACAGAGGAAACGGCCAAAAGACGAAAGGCGUUUUCUCUGAAAAAUCAAAAGAUGGACCCUUUCUCAUCAUACAUUUGGCAACCAAUAAUGAAAGUGAAGAACAUGAUGUUUAACUGACAAGAUUUGAUAUAAGUAGUAGAACUAUCUACUAGGAUUGGUCUUGAACAGUUCAACCAGUUUUAACUAUUAAAUCAGAUAUGUGAUAUCAUUUACUGAAGUCUUUUAGAUCUCAUAUCUUUAGAAUUUCUUUUGCUGUUAUUUGAUGCAUUUUCAGAAAUCAUAAAAUUAGAAAUGGCAAUCAAAAAUUCCACAGCAUAGGAGAUUCUAAUAAAAAAAAUUAUGUCUAUCGUAAAAGUAUGCACCUACAUGUAUUAAUUAUCAUUUGUGCAAUAUAAAAGUUAGUCUAGUUUAUUGUCUUCCUUUUUGUAGACAGCAGUGUAUGUUUCUUCUGUGGUAUGGACAUUGUUACUGUAAAUCAUUUGAUAAUAAUGAUAAUGCUAUUAUUAUAAUUGAAUAACAGAAAUAAACAAUCAAAAUCU